AUGGGUGUGGUCACUUUUGCGCAAGAGCUAGAAUCGCCAGUUGCUCCGGACCGACUCUUCAAAGCUUUGAUGCUCGAUUCACACGUGCUGUUCCCUAAGCUCAUGCCUCAGUACAUCAAGAGAAUUGACCUGAUUCAAGGUGAUGGAGCGUUGGCAGUGUCAAGCAAACCGACUUCUCUCAGAUAUGCGAAGCAUCGGAUCGAUGAGCUGGACGCGGACCUUCCGUUGCAAGUAUACUUUGAUCAGAAAGGGGACAUACUCAGUGACGACCUGAAGUCUGUGGUGUAUGAGAUGGAGUUUGUCGAUGAUGGCAAUGGUGGGUCCAUCUGUAGGAUGUCGAGCUACUAUUGUUCAGACCGAGACAUCAAGUUCAGAGAUGGAUAG